AUGAAAUUCAUUGCAUUGGUUUCUGGGGGCAAAGAUUCCAUCUAUUCUAUAUUGCAGUGUAUACGAAAUGGUCACGAACUGGUAGCAGCCGUUCAUCUUGGUGCUCCAGAAUCAACGGAUGAGGAAUCUUACAUGUACCAAACAGCGGCUUCAGAAGUCGUCAAGACCCAAGUCGAGGAGUGUCUGCAAGUCCCCCUGGUCUUGUAUCAAAGAACAGGCAAAAGUCUCAACACUUCGCUCGUGUACGAUGAUUCGAACAAACAAGAUGAAGUGGAAGAUUUGUACAAUGCUCUACUCGAAGCCAAAUCCAAGUUUGACUUUGCAGCAGUCUCGUCGGGAGCUGUCUUUUCGACCUACCAACGGGUCCGGAUUGAAAACGUGUGUAGGAGACUUCAGUUGACGUCUCUGUCAUAUCUAUGGCGGUUUCUUCCUCAAAAGGAAAUGUUGCAGAAAAUGAUUGUCGACGAUGAUGGAAGAAUUGAAGCGGUUCUAGUUCGAACGGCAAGUCCACCUGGACUGUUACCUCGAAAGCACUUGAAUAAAACCUUGAGCUUUCUUUGGCACACGGGUGUUUUGGAACGGUUACAUCAACGAUACCAAUUUCAUCUCUUGGGAGAAGGUGGGGAAUAUGAAUCGUUAGUAGUAGAUUCGGGUCUGUUCAAAAAGAAGCUCGUCUUGGAUGAAGUCACAAUCGAGGAAACUGACGACGAAGUCGGCGUCCUUCGAAUUCUAAAGUGUCACGCUGAAGAGAAGGGAGAAGACGAUAUUCCAAUUUUGAACAUUAAUGAGAUAUCACAGGGUAGUCCUAGCAACAAUGAUGCCAAAGAUUCUUCUGGUACUGGACAGAGUGAUUCGCAUGAUGGUCCAUCCAAACCGCAGGAUUUGAAGAUUGAUUUCUUGCCCCAGAUUUGCGAAAGUACAGGAGGCCUCAUUCAUGUGUCGGAAAUCAUGGCACCUUGUGCUGCAACUCAAAAUGAUGAUGAUCAAUCUCAAACAACAACGACGACCGAAGCUGAGCUAGCGGUUCAAGAGGCGAUUCAGAUCUUUUCGAUAUUGAAGAAAUCGUUGCAAUCUUGUGGGGCAACGGUGCAGGAUGUCAUGUUUGUUCAUUUGUAUCUACGCAAAAUGUCUCACUUUGCGACAAUCAACGCACAUUACGAAGCUUGCUUUGGGUCUGUCCUGCCACCAUCUCGAAGUUGUGUGGCGGUUGGGAACUUGCCUGGCGGAAGGAGGGUACUGUUGGACUGCAUGAUACAAAAGGGAAGUGGAGACUACAUGAGGUCCUCUGGUUCUUCGCCAUUGGCAGUCGCAGCCCGUGCGACUUUGACAUCCAAAUUGAGGCAUGUACUACACGUGCAGUCUAUUAGCAACUGGGCGCCGGUUUGUAUCGGUCCCUAUAGUCAAUGCAAUACGCAUCGGUCGUCGCUUCAUUUUCUCGCGGGACAGAUUGGGUUGAUUCCCUCCAAGAUGCAGUUACACUCUACUUGGGAUCAGCAAUUGACACAAUGUUGGACGAACGUGGCCUCCGUUUUAGAUGCUCUGGACGGUGUCUCUUUGAAGCAACUCUUUUCUAGCCUCAUAUAUGUCGUGCCAGAGAUCUUCUUUUCUGCAAGUGGCAUGGAUCAAAUUGAAAGGAUAACCAGCAAAUCGCUUGCCGAGAAUGGUACCGUGGUGGCAGGAAAGAUCGAUGCAGCAGCAGAAGACGAUCCAUAUGGCGGGUACGAAGACGAAGAUACCAUGAAGGAGAUGGAGGGCGACAAAGAUGAUGCUGAUGAAUCUGACGCAAAGUUUCCCAUGCUUGUGGUUGCGAUACCCGAGAUGCCAAUGAAUGCGUCCAUAGAAGUGGAGGUUGCUGCCGUCACCAUCGAAGUUGCUUCAUGUUUGGAUGUCUCCGGCUGCCAAUGCACCGACACGUAUGGGAACAGAGCGAGGGCGAGUACACCAAAACAAAGAUGGGAUACUGGGCACGGGGGUCCGGAGUCGAUUGAAAGCAAAACUGAAGACAUACGAAUCGAUGCUUAUUCACGGGUCAUUGGUCAUGGCUGUGCGGCUUCUACGUUUGUUGCUGCCUCGUCAAAAGCAACAGUAAGCCGAGUCGAGCUGCAGCCGGUUGACCUCAUUGCGGACAUGUUUGCUACGGUCACGAAGUGUUUGUCCAAGGCUAGGUCGGGACUUCGACCCCGGAGCGCUAUUCAUGUACGUCUUUACCAUCUCAGUGCACAAGACGAUGGCAUUCAUUGGAGGACAGCCUUGCAUUCGGCCAUGGCCUCAUGGGAGGGCAUGGGGGCAAACCUUCCAGCUGCAUCAGUUGUUCCUGUACAGGGAAUUUCUACGAUCAAUAUGGAAGGCUUGUCGAAGGAAUUUUCUACCUUCCUGGGCAUGCAAGUGUUUGCGAUCGAUCCUGUACAUUUGCAAAAUGAACAAUUAAUGUACACCGUCAACCGUGACGAACUACUUUAG